CUCGAACAUGUCCGAUACAGUCGUUUUCGAAACAAGCUUAGGAGACAUACAGUUCGAACUGUACUUUGAUCAUGCGCCAAAGACGUGCAAAAAUUUUGCAGAGCUCGCCAAGCGUGGGUACUACAACGGGGUCACAUUCCACAGAAUCAUUUCCGAUUUCAUGAUUCAAGGAGGAGACCCGACGGGAACUGGACGUGGGGGGACGAGCAUCUACGGGCAAAAGUUUGAGGAUGAAAUACAUCCGGAGCUGAGGUUUACUGGCGCCGGAAUACUUGCGAUGGCGAAUUCAGGACCGAAUAGUAAUGGUUCUCAGUUUUUCAUAACAUUAGGUCCCACUCCGUACUUGGAUAAUAAGCAUACCAUCUUUGGAAGGGUCAGCUCCGGAAUGAGGGUGGUCCAGCGUCUGGGGGCAGUAGCAGUUGAUGCGCAAGAUCGGCCACGAGAAGACGUGAAAAUUCACAAAGCUCGGCUCGUUUAAACAACCCAAUGGCCAUCAUUACCUGCUUCCAGGCUUGGCUUUUUGGGCACACCCCGCCUCCUUCCCGUGUAUUCGACUUUUGAACACGUGUAUACGAGCCAUUUCGUUCUCAAUACCGGGAUCUUGUAGUCAGAUCACUAUACACCGUCCUCUUGAGGUAUUGAAAUAUAGAAAAAACAGAGAGAGAUCCUGGUCAAUGGUAGCAGUACAUUACGUGAAGAGCAAUGAGGGUAACGGAUAGAACCUAAAAUCCCAACGAGUAGACGAUAUAUGUAUCAAAAUUAUAUGGACAAGCCAACAAGCCUACUG